AUGCCAUCCUCAAGCCCUAUAAAUAUUUCAGAUAAGGCAAACGGAUUAGGAGUGUCUCAGUCAGCAGAAAAAGGAAGAAAACUAACUGAUAUUCGCAAUCUUGGAAUUUUGCACUACAAAGUAGAGUGGGGGACCAAUUCUAAGAUACUCAGAUAUGUUGCUAAAGUAGCCCUGCAGGACAAAAAGAAAAGUAUUAAGCUAUUGAGACCUGAAGAUACGAGUCUCGAGGAAGAACAAUUUGCUGUUCUAAACCAGCUAACAUAUGGGACUGAUGACAUUAGCAAAGAGCAAAAGCUUUAG